AUGUCUUCGACAACUAUUCGACAUCUCAGGAAAUGUUUCAAUUAUGGUGAGAAACAAUGUGGUUGGUGUCGCUAUGGAGCACCUACAACGGGUGCAAUAAAAUCACACAUAGCCAAUCAUCAUCCCAGUAAAACCGCUUACUUUUAUGAUCGAAUGGUUCCACUGAGUUCGCCUGGCAUUAAAUUCGUAGGAACUUUAGAAGAGACUCUGGGAAUGCCCGAUGAUAAACUCACGCUGAGACAAUUUCUGACACCAACCCACAGACACUUUUUAGCAGUAGCUGGUGCCAAUGAAGAAAGUCUAAGAAACGAAAUUGGAUUAAAAAUGUUUCUGACUGCAAGCGGCGAGCAACUUGAUGAGUAA